ACUUCCUGUUCGUUUGUUAUCAGAGGCGUUUCGAACAACUUAUUUACGCUUCCUUUUUCGAUGAAGUGAUUGUAACAAGAAUUUUCUAAAUCAUUUCGUUCUAAAACAAAAUUCUGCUGUUAUGCUUAAGAGAUUAUAGCAAACCGAUUCAUCAUCAUUAAUCUGACUAAUUUACACAAUAACUUGAAGAUGAUUUGCUGGAUACAGUCAUCAUAAUUUUAACAUAAUGAAUCUCUCUCUUGUCCUUUUUGCCUGUAUAAUUUUAUUCAUUGAACGUCAAUGCCUAGUCACUGCCCAAAACAAUGGUGACGAUAGUUCAAGUCCGUUUCGUUGGUUUAAACCAGACAAUUUUGAUAUUAUUUCACGUAAAAUGGAUCAAGCCAAUCCAAAUAAUUGUGAAACAAUGUCUGAAGCUGAUUUACGCUUACCACCAACGUCACUCAGCCAGAUACCACAAUAUAAUGAAAUUCCGAUGAGGCAGUGGUUUACAAAUCGCUCAAAACUGCUACAUCUACACAAUUUAGCAUUAAACCGUGCAUUUUUCUAUAGUUAUAUUUUGCAGAGGCUAGAUCACCCAACCAGAGAUCCUCAGUAUUUACCAUCAUUAAUGUAUUAUUAUCUGUCCUCAUCAGCCGAUAUAUCUUCAGGUCCCAAUGUCAUAAAUAUAAGUGGUGUAUUUAUGGAUACGAACACAACGUACGCAAAUUGGUAUGAACUCAAAGAUAUUAACAAGACCUUACCAUUAUUCGCACCAUUAGCCAGACGGUUAGAUAACUGGAAUGAUGAAAUGAAUUUUUUGAGAAUACCAACUAAUGCUACAAUUGAAAUAACUGAUCUUGGAGCUGGCCCAAAUAAUAAUUAUACAGCAUCAUGGUAUAAAAAUAACCCAUAUAUACGUGAUCGUGAAAUGGGUAUAGACUUUAUUCCUGAUAGACGUGGUACAGCACCUAGUAAAAACCAAUACACUACAAAAAUACAACUUGCAACUAUAAGCGGUGAUCCAAUAGAAAAGUUGGAGAAUACCAAAUUCUAUGGUCCAAAUGCUCCAGGUGUUAAAGAAACUUUUCUACCUGUUCGAUUUACUCGUCCUUAUUAUGAUUGUGGGGGAACAAAUCGAUGGAUUGUUAGUUCUGUUGCAGCACUGACAGAUUUUAUGCCACGUUACUCAAAUAUUACCAGACUGCGAGGACCAAGAAUGAUUGGUGUUGUUGUACAAAGUAUGGACUUUUAUCGAAUUGAUUUUAAUCCUUGCCCGCCAGGAUUGGGAAAUCCGAAUCAUUAUUUGGCUGGAAUCGCUCGAUGCAAACCAACAACUUUGUGUGUACCUCUUCCGGGUUUUGGUUUUAAACGAGGUGGUUAUCAAUGUGUUUGUCAACCAGGACAUCGUUUACCAUAUGAACAAAAUGGACCAUUUCGUGGUGUUGAUAUUGAAGCGGCAACUGAAGAAGAAUAUCGUAAUAAUUUUGAUUGUAUUCCAGUUGGUUGGCGUGAAGUCAUACCUGAAGAAACUGGUAUGAAAAAUAAUUUAGAAAGAUUUCGUCGUUCAAUAGGUCAACAAACAAGUACAUUAUGGAAUAGAUUUAAAGAUCCAUCGGUUCAUUUAUUGAACAUGAUAUUAACAACAUUUGGAUCAUUCAAGCAGAAUAUCUUCCCAACACCACCAAAAUUAGAUGAAUCACUAUUAAUCAAUGAAAUAUCGGAUAAACCAUUUAAAACAACUAAUUUAGAUGAUCAACCAUUAGAUCGUCUUGUUCCUGGAUAUCGAUCAGUCUCACAUUUGCUACCAUUGGAACAAAACGAUUUUAAUUUAACGUAUACAGAAGAUGUUUAUGAAGAUGGAUUUUUUGACAAUGAUACUUAUAUACUUAUCAAUAAACCAAGUAAUAUAGAUAGUAAGGAUCAGUCAAAUAACAUCAAGAAACGUGUACGACGAAAUGUUGAUACACCAUUUUAUACAGUUGGAGUUGGUACAGUAUUUGAUGCAGACAGGUAUUUUGAAGUUCAACGUUUAAUUGCACAUGUACGCAAAGUGACUAGUCAAAAUUGUCAUCUAAUGACAGUGGAUCAAUUAAUUUUACCAGGAGAAGUUAGUUAUGGUGUUGAGAAACAAUUUGAAAUGGUUGGAAGAACAGCUCUACGUUUAUCACAUUUCCUAAGUGCUUAUUAUCAAAAUAAUGUUGUUGGUGAACUUUAUGGAAGUUUAAAAACUGGUUUUCCAAUUAAUCGCUUUCAAUUAUUUGGUGAAGUUUUUGCCAAUGUUUUAUCAAAUUUUGAUAUUGUAUCAAGUGGAAUAUUUUUUGAUUAUCAAAUGUUUACUGAUCAUGAUGGUACAACAUGGGAUCUAUUUGCUCCAUAUGCGUAUAAACCACUCUUGGCAACCCAAGCAGCUGAGGCAAUUGAUAUGAGUAUAAAUGCCUAUCGAGACUAUACAGAAAAACCAUGGUUUCGAACAUUGAAGUGAAUGUCAUGGAGAGAUUAUUGCCAAAAAUCAAACCAAUGGAAGAUACAAUUAAAACAAAGAAGUAAACAAUGGCAAUUUUAAGAUCAACAACAUCGAAGUCUACAGGAAAAGAUGUGAAUCAUAUGUGGAGAAAUUCGAACACUUCACUUCUGCCUGAAGUUUGUGCUGAUGAUGUUCAGAAGAACGAUGAAAGCUCCACGACCAAACCAUUCAGCUCAGAGAACAAAACUCUAUCAAAAAGAGACUAUUGCUUUAUAUGUGAUAUUAUUAAUUUGAGAAAUUCUGGGUUUCUAGUAGAGAUUUUAAUGGACUGAUGUGAAUUUAUUUAAUUGUGAGCACAUGAAGUAGUUAAGUUAAAAAAUAUAAAAUUAUAACAUUCGAAAACGAUCUUCUGAUUACUUCAGGUGUAAUGAUUUUCAAAGAUACUCGAAAAUAAUAACAGUAAUGACAGUGGAGUUUAAUAUGUGUCGGGUGGAGACAGUUAUCCACUUCAGACAAUCGAUAAAGGGUUACGCAAGAUUAUGGGUUGAUUGGAGUUAGACAUUUACACCGUUGGAUGGCGCCUCAGUGGUCUAGGGGUUAAGCGUUUGCACAUGAAACCAAACGUCCUGAGUUUGGAUUCCACGUUUGGAAUCGUUGUUGCUGGCUUCUCAGGAGUCCCGUACUGGGACGAAGUUGCCUUUCAGUGUUUCCAAGCUUUCAAUGGUGGUCUAGGUUAGAUCGAUUCAUGGAUUUAACUAUCAGAAACAUUAAUACAGUCUCUACAAAUCCCCAUUCUGAUAACAAUGAAUUUAUCUCCCAACUAAUUUUAAAUCAAAUCUAAUUAACUGUUGGAUCAUUAAAAGAACUGUGUUUUGACCUGUAUUGUUCGACGAGAUAGACUUUAGAGUACUAGCGUUUUCUACUAUUUUCUUGAAGUUUUCAAUGGAUGUCUUGGAUAAUAUUAUCUAUAAAUAUCAAAACAAGCUAAAUGUUUGGAUUACUGUUGCUAUCUAUAUUAGUAUUCAAACAUAAUACAUUCCAUUAUGAAAUAAUAUGAUAUGGUUAAAUUUUUAAAAAUGGUAUUUGAAUUUUCUCCUUCAGUCAAGAUGGGCAUCAAGCCGUCAGAGCUUAGAGCGAAUUACAGCGAAACCAUAUAUAAGAAGUGAUGUGAAUGGUAGUCAACUACAACGUUAUUUCACAUUUCCCAUCUAUUAUCGUGUACCACAUUAUGAAGAAGGUUAUUGGACACAACCAUAUUUCGAUUGUGAUGGUCUGGUAAAAGAUUGGCUUAUUACAUAUGCAACGCCAUUUUUCGGUGUUGUCGGUGAAGAAAAAGCUUUAAGAUUUAUGGGUGUUGUAACUGCUUCUGUAAAGCUAACAUCAUUGGAUAUAAAUCAAUGCCCUCAAUCGUUUUAUACACCGAAUUUCUUUAAAAAUACAGCAAGAUGUGAUUUCCGAAGCACAUAUUGCAAAUUAAUACCAAGACAUUAUUUCUCAUCUGGUAGUUAUAAAUGUGAAUGCCGUCAAGGUUUCGAAUAUCCAUUGAACGAUCGUACUUGGUAUUUUCAUGGCGAAAUGAUGGAACGUGAAUAUCAAUUAAUGUUAGCUGGUAAACCGAAUCGUUAUGAAUUAUUACGAUGUCGUCAAGGUGUCGCAAGUGGAUUAUCUAGUUCAUCAGUUGUAAUACUUGUGUUGGUCAACUUUAUAGUGAUUUAUUUGCAUUCAUUAUAACUAAACAAUCUUGAAGUAUUUUUCCUUAAAUGAUAAUAAUAACAAUAUACUAACUUAUUAGCAUGUAAUUUUUAUUUUCUGAAAUAUUUUGUAAAUAAAAUGUUUACUACU